UCCAAGCAUCCUUUCAAUCUUUUUUUUUUGCCUACUCAGGUACUUACCGCGAAGGUAGAGCAUAUGUGCACUAGACGUUACAAAAACAUUCGCUCUAAACUCCAAAAAGCCAUUGCCAGCCAGCUCUUUACCCAAAGAUUUCCUGAAAGAAAUCUACCCUAUGAUUCCCUCGAAAUCAGUCAGGCUUUUAUUUAAUUAAGCCCACUCCGGGACUUUCCAAGAAAGGGUUUGUGUCGAGUGUUUGAGAAACAAAAACACACCGUUGGAGGAAAUAAAAGGUCUUGCCAUCCCUUUCCAACACAUUGGCCUGCGUUAUCAUCUGUACCAUGGCGCGGGAGUUAUAAGCGAGCGCGGGAGUUAGGGGUUAUAAGUAAUUCGCGAGACGUGCCGGCAAGUUGUGUUCUGCGUUGUGUCUCAUAAGUUCUCCUGUUAAUGAUCGGUUUUGUUCGUUUUGAAUCAGAAAAUAAACCUCCGCGAAGGGUUAGACAUUGGUGAUAUAAUAACCUAUCAGUGCAGCCUCAAUAUGAUGCUUGCUAAAUCUGUCGGAAAAGGAGAAGCAACUGAAACCGUUCUAGAAGACAAUGUCGAACCCAAGGGCCCCAUGAUUAUCACAACACGAUGCUUACGCAAAUGGAAUGGAACUGUGGUUAAACUAACACGGUCUGGAACGGAGAUCAAGGUGAAGCAACCCGUAUUCGGUAUGCGUGCUGAAUAUACGAUCGGCGAUUCGAUCCUUGCGAUGCGCGUCCAAAAUUUAUGCCAACAAAUCCUUCUACUGCGUACGAUAUAUCUGUACUAUGACAGUAAUCAACGUGUGACCCUCUUUAACGGUAUCGUGCGCAUGGUUCCGGCCUAUGAGUUUGCACACGAGAAAGAAAUUCUUUUUUAUUCUGAAAAGGAAUAUAAUAUUGUACUAGUGGUGGAUAUUCUACCGAGCUACGUUCGGUUGCGAGAAAUAUCAACGAUUCACUUCCUUAAACCUCGACUAGCACGUGGGCCGCCUUUGAAAAUAAAAAAAAACCAACCCUUCCAUGUCCCAGAUGAAGUGAAAAUGGUUUAUGACAAUGGCUUUCUCAGAAGUCUACAUUACACUAGAUUAGCUAGCCUCUGGCUGAAUAGACUAUAUGACUACCAAGCCCAAGGACUAAAUUCGUCAAAUUAUAUCGAUUUUCUGGGAAUGUUGAACAAAAUCGAUGACUACGACACCCAGAUAGCGAUGGAGAAGUACACUAUACCAAACGUAUCGCUAACGCCAACGGAUUUCAAUAAUCGUUACAUGCUCUCAAUAAAGCAGUUUCCAGUGCCUCCGGUGCGGUUGGAUGUAGGAGAUUUCGUCCAAGCUAUAACACCCCAUUUAAAUCACCGUUGUGUCCCAACGCAAAAUUUAGUAAGAGGAUUUAUUGCCGAAAGAGAUACCUGGAUGACACUGGAAUUCGAAAAUCCAUUGAAAAUUGGAAAUAACAUUGCACUGAAAUUUCCUCCGAAUCGGCUAGCGUUUCAAUUGGAAUAUAGAGCAUUGUUCCAUUUAAGCCAUAUCGAUAUUUCCAGCACUUUGUUUCCCAUGGAAACGAGCGGUACACACCAAAAUAGUUUUCUGCCAUCAAAAAAGAAAAAAGGAACGAUACAGUCGUUUUCGUGGUUUAAUACCUCUAUAGCGAGAAAUGAAUUACAAAAGACCGCUAUAAAAAAUAUCGUAAACCGAACGGCUUAUCCGGCUCCAUACAUUUUGUUCGGUCCGCCGGGUACGGGCAAAACGAGUACAAUUGUUGAAGCCGUAAUGCAGAUCUACAAAAAUAAGCCCAACUCGCGUAUGCUUGUUACGGCUACGUCGAAUUUUGCGUGUAACGAGCUCGCAAGGAGAUUACUAGAAUAUGUGCCAGUCGAUGAUGUCUACCGGUACUUUUCAUGUAUUCAAGAACGUAAUAUUAAUAUGACAGAUUCUUCGAUUUUGGCCAUUUCGAACCUGCACAGUGGCAAGUUUGAGUUUCCCUCUAUGGACGAUUUCCUUAAGACGCGCAUCCUUGUCUGCACCGUGAUGACCAGCGGCCGGCUGUUAGCGCUUGGGGUAAAGCCAGAUACCUACGAUUACAUUUUCAUCGAUGAAUGUGGCAGCUCGAAGGAACUGUCCGCCCUGGUCCCGAUAGGAAUCGUCGGAGUAAAUAUAGAAUUUAAAAAAAUGCACGCAAGCAUAGUGUUGGCCGGAGAUCCAAAACAACUCGGGCCGGUAACGUUCUGCAGUUUUCUGAAAGAAACACCCCAUGACGUUUCCCUGCUAGAUCGUUUGAUGAAAAUGCCAUUAUAUGCUCGCGAUCCCAAUAACAAUAAGGCCUACAACGAUCGAAUGGUGACCAAGUUGCUUGACAACUACCGAUCGCACCAUAAACUGAUAGCCUUUUCUAACCGAGAGUUUUACGAAGGAGAACUACGUGCAAAGGCAUCGCCCGAAACCACCCACUGGGCAAUCGGGUGGGAGCGACUGGUAAAUCCCGAAUUUCCAAUGAUUUUCCAUGCAGUGAUCGGAUAUAUGCAGCAGGAUCCAUUCUCGCUGAGCUACUUCAACGUGGACGAGGCCUAUUGCGUUUAUGAGUACGUGCAAUGCCUACUGAAGAGCAGUACAAAUGGUAGAAUAGUUAACCAGGACGACAUCGGCAUCGUCACCCCGUACUCCAGACAGGUUGCUUUUAUUAAAAAUGGCCUUUCAAAUCUAGGACUGGACAACAUUGAAGUCGGUACGGCCGAGCAAUUUCAGGGCAGAGAAAAAUCGGUCAUCAUUAUCUCGACCGUUCGGUCGAAUCGAAAAACGGUCGGAUUUUUACAUGAUGACCGACGAUUGAAUGUUAUGUUGACCCGGGCCAAAGCGCUUACAAUAAUUAUCGGUAACCCCAACAAUUUGGGUACAGAUCAAACAUGGGAAAGACUGUUGAAGUUCAUUGAACAAAAUAACGGAUUUCUUGGUAAAAAUUUCCACUUCACGAACAUUCAUCGUAAAUCAAAAUGCAAGAAACAAUAGCUGUGGACAUGACGAAUUUAUGUAUUUUUAACGUGUGCUCAAAGAAAAAACCAUACCGAUAUCAUUAUCUUCCAUGGGUAUUGCCUUGGGACUAGAUUUAAGAAACAACACCACAACAUCGUUUUCCUAAGCAAGAUGGACAUAAUUUAAGCUCUAGUGAUAGGCAGCAAGACAAAUCAAUAAACAACGUGAACGACGAGCUUUUGCUUCAAUGUUGAAUAGAAAUCCGGACAGCAGCUUGCUC